GGUUUGAAAAAAGUAUGUAGAUUUACUCCUCUAGUCCGUUUCGUUGGCAUUUACUCCAGAAAGAAAGUUCGGAUGAGGAGAAUCGUAAUGAAUUUAUUCAAUAUAACGUGAAAUGAACAUGUUGAAGUAUUCUGACUUCAGGUACAAAUUGUUACUAAUCUAAUGCUAUGAACUUUGUUGUUACUCCGAUUGUUGGAGUGAUUUCUCCUGAGCACUUUCAGGAGUCCGAACCCUGGUAUACCUACACGACAAUGAAGAGAAUUCAUUCAUUCUGUUGGAAGGGUCAUUCAUAUACACAUUUCUUUUCCUUGAUUAAUUGAUGUGUACUGCCGCAGAUUAUUACGCAAGCGUACAGAGUAAAAGGACAAACGGGUUUGCUUGCCUGGUGACAAGCAUUUGCAGUACAAACGAAAACCAAAGGGAGUACCCAAAACCCAACACAAGUAGCCAAAGCACAUGUGGGGUCGAGGUCAAAUUACAUAUGUACGUUUGGGCGAGGGUUCUGGGUGCUGGCCUUAACCUAAAAAUUAUGGGAGUUGGUGCUACUAUCGCCUUGUAUCAUGCUUGCCAGCCACUACCAGAGAACAAACCAACAUAAUUAAUUUGACAUACAAUACAAAUAGCCUAAUUAUAUACUUGGCACUUUGGGGUGGAGAGCAUUGAGUGCAUAUUAUGCGAAUACGCCGUACUAUUGCCCUUGAACGCACUCGCCGCCUAUGGGUGUAUCGUCGCGCAGCAGAUGCAUAUACCUACUGUUCCGGUAUGCAUAUGUACGCAGCAGAAAAGUUACCGCACAACUUGUAUGGUUACAGACAUAUACGACGCGGUGUGACAAAAAACACACCACUACCAGUAAGCACUAUAUUGGCAUUUUGGUGUCAUAUGUUACUGUAGACAAAAAUCUACUGCAUAGGCUUUUGUUUCCAUUGCUACUUGCUAACAUUUGUGCCGCAAACGUAAUUAACCACAAGUUGGACUUCAUUUGACUUGUACAAUUUCGACGUACUUGCUAUGAUAAAGCUAUAUCUGUUCGAAAGCCGGCUCGAUAUUACUUUCAUUUAUUACUGGAAGCAGCGCUAUUUUAUAAACCUGUUCAUAUUAGUUGUGUAACUGAAAGCAUUCUAAUCAUGGAACGUGACAUCCUCAUUCAAUCAUUAACAAAAGCUUACGAAAAAGGUAGUUUCUCGACAAACCUAAGUAUUAACCUUAAUUUGAACAUUUAUUAUAUUAUUUAAUGUACAAGUUUACUCUAUUCUUAAUAGAGAGAAAAAUAGAAAUGUUUGUUGUUUGUCUAUA